AUGUCGGGGCUGAUGAAGGCUGCAGUGACGUUGGUGGCCGCUGUGGAUAGGGACGCUCGGCCGGUGCUUGUGCACUGCUCCGACGGCUGGGACCGGACGCCGCAGAUAGUUAAAUUAGUGCAGCACACAUAUUCCAAUUUGUUUGGAACUUUCCUAUGCAACACUCAGAAGGAGAGAUCGAAAAUUGUUGAUGGGAAGACUUUUUCAGUGUGGGACUUUUUGGGUUCUCCUUGUUUCAGGAAUCAUCUGUAUUCUGCUAGUACAAACAAAAAAAUAGAAGACGACGUCGAAGACUGUAGCGAAGGAAACCUUUCAGUAGAAAAUGUGAUAAAAAGUGAGAUAGACCGAAUUUCUAGUGAUGUGACAAAUAUAUUUAUAUCGACCGAUGGCGAGACUGAAAAGACUGUUUGUAAUGGCAACGUCGACCAUAUCGACAACGAUGCCAGUGUUACAGACAAUAAUGGGAAACUGAAUGGUGAUAGAAAAUUGACUGCCGUCGAUGUGGGGACUUUUUUAGACAUGGAGAGAUCCGGUGAGACUAGUACUGGAACGCUUGUAGGUGAUGAAAUUAUUUGUGGCAAUCAAUCUGGAAGCGAUCGAAGGUCGAAAUGUUCUAGUGCCACACAACUUUCCAGCACCAACAACGGCUGGGACAGCUCGUUGCACAAUUUUUCACAACCAAAGAAUAUGUUUUCUUAUCACUAUCCAUUAGGUGAAGAUGGUUUGGUUACGUUGAAGUCUGCUGUGCAGGAAAGGCUGAACCAAAUCUUAGAAGAUUAUAAUAGAAAGGUGGAACUCCUUGAAAAGGAACUACACAUCACUAGGCAAAACCUCAUCAAACAAUCACGUCUCAGAUGCAAUCACAAUGACUGUGAACAAGACGAUAAUAAUUCGGUAGUGGAGUCUGUGUGCAGCACCAGCGAGGGGGAGGGGCACGCGUCGGCUGGCGAAUCGCUGCGCUCCGAGCUGUCGUGGGUGGCGGUAGACGAGGGCUCGGCAGAGUGCCAGCGGACGCUAUGGGUGCCCGAUCACGCGGUCAACAGGAGAUGUGGCAGAAUCUUCUGCGCCGACUGCUCCGAGAACAGCACGCCCCUUCCCUCGGAGGACCACUACAAUCCGGUGAGGGUGUGCACCAACUGUUAUUCGGAGAUGCAGCACGACUGCGUCGUAAUUCCUAACCAAUGCAAGCACACUAACAACCAACCGUCGACGGCCAAUACCCAGAUCGCAGCUUCAAGUAACUAA